AUGGAAUAAUUCAUGUAUUAAUAUUUUGUUAUGAGUAAUAUAGUGAAAAUAGAUAGAACAAUGAGACCCAAAAUGACUAAGAAUUUAUAUGCUUAGACAUAAACUCUCUAGAUGGAGGUGGAGGAAAUAUAACAUUUCUAAAAUACUACCCCCUCAUUGAAGCAUAUCCAGUUUUUAUUACUAAUCCAAUAUUCUUUUGAUAAGGAGAUAUCUUAAUCACUUUAGUACCUUCAAAGAGAGUAUUUUCAUAAAAUCAUUCGAUAAUUUAAUAUGGCUUAUUUUGGAAUUGGUACUGUUUCCCUUGCUAGGGUAGCAUCAUUCACCAUUACAUCACCUUAGAUUAGUAGACAAUCACAAUUCAUUUAGAGGUGUUUUUCAAUAAAGAAUUAAUCUCCAACCACUAAUUCACUUCCAUCUAUUAAUUUAUUAUCAAUUAAUUAAACAUGUUAUUUGAUAUUUGCUAAUUUUUCUAGUUAUAUUUUAGAUUUUCUCAGGCUGAAAUGA